AUGGAGGAGACGAACGAGAUCGUCGUGAGUAUGGCCGAGCUGGACCGGUUUGUUGUCUGUUGUAUGAUGGCCAGCGGGGCCACCGAGGAGAGCGCACGGGUUAUGUCUGACCUGCUCGUUACCGCGGAUUACCGUGGACACUACACUCAUGGACUAUGUCGUACAGAUGUGUACACGGCAGACGUAAAGAAUGGAGUUACCUGUGGAGGUGGAAAGGAGCCGACUAUUAUCAAGGAAACCAUGGCAACAGCACUUAUCGAUGGCAACAAUCUAUUGGGUCCGGUAGUAGGAAAAUAUGCGAUGGACGUAGCUAUUCAGAAGGCUAAAACGGCCGGUGUUGGCAUCGUCACUGUCAGAGGUUCCAACCAUUUUGGGAUAGCUGGUUGGUAUAGUCUCCGAGCAACAGAGCAAGGCCUUCUGGGUAUAUCAAUGACGAAUUCCGACAAAGUAAUGAUACCUACACGGGCGAAAUCAAGGUCUCUUGGCACGAAUCCCAUCAGCAUGACAGCCCCUGGUAAGGAUAGAGACAACUUCGCACUGGACAUGGCUUGCACCACUGUAGCAUGGGGAAAGCUUGAAAUGAAGGCGAUGAAAGGCGAGAUGCUACCAAACGGAUGGGCUUUAGAUAAAGAUGGAAAGGAAACAUGUGAUAUAUCAGCUGUGGGAGGAUUGCAGCCAUUAGGAGGUGCUGAAGAGAGCAGUGGUUACAAAGGUUACGGCAUGGCGAUGAUGAUAGAAGUUCUCACCAGUGUGUUGUCUGGGGCAGAGAUGUGUGCGUUUGUUAGGAAAUGGAAAACAUAUGAUAAACCGGCAAACUUGGGUCAAUGUUUCAUAGCCAUAGAUCCUGGAGCAUUUGCAGACGGUUUCACGGACAGAAUGCAGAACCUAAUGGACCACAAUCGGAAUCUCGAACCGAUGGAAGCUGGACGGAAUGUUUUUGUGGCCGGAGAUCCAGAACGACAACACAUGGCACUAUGUGAUAAGUUAAAGGGCAUUCCGUACCACCCGAACCAGAUAAAAUUUCUGGAUGAAAUCGCAAAACGUCUAGGCGUGGAACCUUUAAAACACUUAAUGUAUAACACCUGA